AUGAUUGAUCAAGUUGCUAUAUUCACCCCUAAUGGGCAGGUUUUGUUUAAAUACAAUGCAGUGGGGAAAAGGUUUGCGGAAAAGCAGUUUAAUAAGUUCAUAUACCAGCUGAUUUCGCAGUCUGUAAUGGAGUCUGAUAGUAAAUAUCCUGUAAUUACUGUCGAUUCUCAUGCAUUUAUGUUUAAAGAGACAAAACAGGUUAGGCUUUUCUUUGUUGUGUCGUAUGCAUCUGUUCAGUCAAUCGAGCUUGUCCAGGAAGCGGAAGAAGUUAUUGGCCUUACAACGAAGUUGUGGGAGUCGUUGGGGCUAAACGAUGUCAUUAGUGCGAAUUGCGGUUCUUCUGGUCAGCUUAGACAGGACCGGGCGUGGGUACUUGAAGGUGGAGAAGAUAAACUGUUAAAGUUCGAGCAAUACUUUGCUGCGAAGUACGAGGAUAUCAAGGAAAAUGGUAAGAAUCAGCCUAAGAAGGGUGCUGUAGCGUCAAAGAAGAAACAAGUUGUCAAAAAGACUGCUUCAAAGCAACUGGCUCAGAAGUCCAGGAAGUGGGGUGCUAAUGGGAUGCUUGAUGACAGCGACACUACUGACUCUACUUUGCUCGAUUUCUCUCCCGAUCUGGAUGAAGGCCAGGAAGAGAGCAAUGAUUCAUUACGUGGUGUGACUGAGGAGUCUUUCGGAAAAAGAACGGCUAGUGGGGAUUUCUUGAUUAAGGAGAUUGACGACCUAUUGACUGCGAACAAAGGUGGUAAUGCUCAAAAAACGCAGAAGCCAAAUAGUGCGUUUGCGUUUAUCCAGAAGCACUGGUUUGGUAACAAGACAAUUACAGAAGAGGACUUGGCAGCUAUAUUAGAAAAGCUGAAGAAACAGCUACUUGAAAAGAAUGUAGCUCCCGUUACGGUCGAUUACCUUGCUUCCCAAGUAUCUAAAGACCUCGUUGGGACUAAGACUGCAAACUGGACAAGUGUUAAGGACACCGCUGUGCAAUCUUUAGAAAAGGCUUUGACUUCUAUAUUAACACCCAGUGUGUCAGUUGAUUUACUUCGUGAGAUCCAGAAAACGAUACAAAGGAAGGACCCUAGUGAAAAGAAAGAUCCGUACGUUUUUUCGGUUGUAGGAGUCAAUGGGGUUGGUAAGUCUACUAAUCUAUCGAAACUGGCUUUUUGGCUCCUGCAGAAUCGUUUCAAGGUACUUAUUGUUGCAUGCGAUACAUUCAGAUCUGGAGCAGUGGAGCAAUUGAGGGUUCACGUGGAAAACUUGGCUCAGUUAACAGACGAAGACCAUGUCAGAGGGUCUAAAAAUUCCCGCGGUAAGACUGGUAAUGAUAGCAUAGAAUUAUUUGAAGCCGGUUAUGGUGGCUCUGAUUUAGUAACGAGAAUAGGCAAACAAGCCAUCAAGUAUGCUAACGAGAACUACUUUGACGUCGUUCUUAUGGAUACUGCGGGUAGAAGACAUAACGACGCCACUUUGAUGUCACCUUUAAAAUCUUUUGCUGAGCAAAUUAAACCAAAUAAAAUUAUUAUGGUGGGAGAAGCAUUAGUAGGUACUGAUUCCGUUCAACAAGCCAGAAACUUCAACCAAGCAUUUGGGAAAGAGAGGAAAUUAGACUUCUUUAUAAUUUCAAAAUGUGAUACGGUUGGCGAUAUGUUAGGUACGAUGGUGAAUAUGGUUUACGCUACAGGAAUACCGAUAUUAUUUGUUGGUGUUGGUCAAACUUAUACAGACCUUAGGACAUUAAGUGUUAGUUGGGCUGUUAAUACAUUAAUGUCAUAA